UUCGCCAGCACAUCUCAAAACAUUGACCUUCUAAACCAAUCACAGCCAAUGAAACUGACCGUUCCUCCAAAAUCACAAGCCCCGCUUUAAAUAUUCAUACAAUUUAUUAUUCCUUGGUGAACACACCCGAACACCUGACCUGACCUGGAGAGGCACAGAUUCUGAUUUAGUCAGCCUCGCGUUGCCAUCGCGCGCGGUCGUGCCGUCCCGUCCCGCAAACUAUAUCUACCCGAGAACGGUGAAAAAACCGGAUGUCCAAGCUCCAGUGUGCCACCAAUAGCGAUGUGAGCAACCCGUGACGUCAUCAUGUGCUCGUGGGUGGUGUCCGCCCUGCUCAUCCUAUUUGCCAUGGGCGGCGAGGGCCAAGAGCACGGGCCCGUGUUCCUGAUGGAGCCGCCGUCCCGGCUGGUGUUCGCCAACAGCACCGGCGCGCAGGUGUCGUGCGCGGCGCACGGCUUCCCGCCGCCGCAACUGGCAUGGCAGAUGCCGGACGGCGCGCCGCUCGACGACGUGCCUGGCCUGAGGCAGGUGCUGGACAACGGCACGCUAGUGCUGCUGCCGUUCCCGGCCACACGCUACCGGCAGGACGUCCACGCCGCCGUGUACCGCUGCCGCGCGCACAACGCGCACGGGGCCGUCGUGUCGCGCGACAUGCGCGCGCAGGCAGUGGUAUGGCAAGAGUGGCAAGCACGCGUGACUGCCACGCCCGCAGAGGUGGGAGGCCCGGCGCUAUUAACCUGCACCGCGUCGGCCGCCUUGAGGGAACAUGCAAGUGUCGCGGCCUGGUACAGAGAUGACAUCGUGCUGCCUGCCUCUGAACAUCUCUCUGGCUCGACGCUUCUUAUGGACGAAGGCUGGAAGCUGGUGGUCCGCUCAGUGCGAGCUGAAGACGCGCGCGCGCAGUUCUCCUGCUCGGUGCUGGACUCGCUCACCGGCGAGAGGCGCCGGAGCGCGCCCGUCAGCAUCGAUGUCGCGCCGUCUACCGGCGCGGCAGCUCCGCGCGCAAUCUACCACGGCCAGUGGGAGACGAGCGUGCGACGUGGCGGCGACGUGGUCCUACCGUGUCUGGUGCACGCCAACCCACCAGCGACCAUCACCUGGUACCGAGAAAGCGCCGGCGGGGUGCUCCGAGAGCUCCGCGACGGCGAGGCCGGCGGGCGCUACACGCGCUCGCACGACACGCUGGGCGUGCGCCGGGCCGACGUCCAAGAUGGCGGCCGGUGGGCGUGCCGUGCGGCCAAUGCGCACGGACACAUCACCCUGCGGCUGCAGCUCAAUGUGCGCGCUCAUCUCACGACGCACGUGCAGCCACACACGCAGGUGGUGAACAGUGGUGGCACAGCCACCAUCAACUGCUCAUGGAGCGGUUGGCCAUCACCGAGACUAGAAUGGCUGCACAACGGAGUGCCGCUCGGGGCUGGUGUGUCGGGCGGCCGCGUUAGGAUCAUGGGGCAUGGGGAGCAGCUGGUUAUAUCGGCGGUGCACCGGGCGGAUAAAGGCGUGUAUCAGUGCAUGGCCAGGAAUGAGAGGGACUCGGCGCAAGCCAGUGCUGAGCUGCGGUUAGGAGAUACUGCACCCGAACUCCAGUACACAUUCAUAGAACAAGUUCUGAGGCCAGGGCAGGUGGUGACCCUCAAAUGCUCGGCUGCGGGGUCUCCUCCCCCACACAUUACUUGGCUGCUGGAUGGCCAGACCCUUAACACAAUGGCCAAGGGGCAUCGUUACAGCGUAGAACAGUUUGCGACCAAAACCAAUGAUGUAGUGAGCUACCUCAACAUCUCGGCAGUGAGGUCGGACGAUGGCGGCCUCUACACCUGUAAGGCAGCCAACUCUCUCGGCGAAGUUUCACAUACUUCUAGGCUUAAUAUUUACGGUCCACCAUAUGUCCGUUCCGUAGGCCCAAUCAGAGCAGUGGCCGGCCGGGAGCUAGUGAUGUACUGUCCUUACUCUGGUUAUCCGAUCAGUUCAGUCAAAUGGGAGCGGGAUGGGAGUCCUGUAGAAUGGGACAGUAACAUGGAGGGAGCAUUGCGUGUGUCCCGAGUAGAGCCCUCACAGGCCGGCGCUUACAUGUGCACUGUGACUGGCCCACAUGGAGAAAUCGCGCGCAGGGAAUUGCAGCUUGUUGUUAGCAAUCCUCCAGAAAUCGAACCAUUCUCAUUCUCUGCGAACCUGCAGGAGGGCAAGCGCGCCCAGGUCAGCUGCAGUGUGACCUCUGGAGACAUGCCGGUUCACUUCACCUGGCUGAAAGACAACGUGCCCAUACCCUCGUCUCUUCAGGUGGAAGAGCGAGGCGCCGAUUUCUUUAGCAACCUCGUAUUCAAAGAGGUGUUCGCAAGACACAGCGGUCUAUACACUUGCGUUGCAUCCAACUCCGCAGCCAAAGUCAAUUAUACCGCCGAACUGGUCGUCAAAGUGUCUCCAAAAUGGAUGACAGAACCAAAGGACGAAGCUAUUUUAGCCGGGGAGCCAGUGGCUUUACAUUGCCAGACUACAGGCUCCCCCAGUCCUCAAGUCACAUGGAUGAAGCAGAGAGGUCCUGCAUCAUCCGACUUCGUCCCGCUGGUGAACCUCGGUGGGCGUUUCCAGUUCUAUUCUAACGGGACCCUGUGGAUCGAGUCCGCACUGCCGUAUGACGAGGGGCAGUACAUGUGCAAAGCUGAGAACGGGGUCGGUUCGCCCUUGUCUAAAACCAUUAAGGUUGAUGUCAAUGAACCAGCAAGGUUUGAAUUGACGUCGACCAACAUGACAGCACGUCGUGAUUCGCCGGCCACGCUCCUCUGCGACGUGCGCGGCGAUAACCCCAUCCGUGUGCAGUGGUCGCACAACAUGAACCACCUAGAUCUUAAUACUUAUAGGCUAAGUGUCUCCGAAGCAAAGACUGAUAGUGGUUUAAGGUCCCAAUUAUAUAUCAGCAGAGCCGAUAGACCGGACUCUGGGGUGUACAAGUGCCAAGCCGUCAACGCCUAUGGUCAUAGCGACCAUUAUAUUUAUCUAUCCGUCCAAGAGAAACCCGACACGCCCCACUCUCUAUCCGUGACGGAGAUCCUAAGCCGCGCAGUGCGGUUAUCCUGGAGUCAGGGAUUUGACGGCAACUCGCCGCUCGUGGGUUACACCAUACAACACUGCACGUUGAGCGCUGUCGGGGCAGUCCGUGUAGAUCAGUGGCACGCCGCUGUCACUGUCAACGUGUCCGUCCAUGGGGCGGCACAGCAGCAACAAGUCGCGCUGACUAAAAAAGGCGAUAUCCAUUACGAGGCACUGCUCAGUGGACUCAAGCCACACACGGCCUACAUGAUUCGGUUAGCAGCCGUGAACCAAAUCGACCGAAGUGCCUACACCGAACCCGUCGUCGUGAAGACGCAAGAAGAAGCACCAUCCGAACCUCCAACGAACGUGCACGUGACUCCGGGCGGGCCGGGCGAGCUGCACGCUGCAUGGCGCCCGCCUCCACGGGAAGCGUGGCACGGCGAGCUGCUGGGGUACACUGUCUCCUGCACCGAGAUCAGCCCGGGAGGCAUGCCUGUUAGGAACUCUACUAGGUCAUUAACAGUAAAUGGGUGGUCAGCGACCGAGCUGAGCCUGUCAGCGCUCAGGAAGUUCACACGGUACGAGGUGCGAGUACGCGCGUUCAACGGCGUCGCCGCCGGCCCGCCGUCUGCGCCGGUCGCCGCCACCACUUUGGAAGGAGUGCCAGAGUCCCACCCGACAAGAGUGACUUGUUCCCCGCUCUCGUCUUCGAGCAUGAAGGUGUUAUGGACUCCGCCACCUCUGGGUCAGCACGGCGGGCUCAUUCAAGGAUACAAAGUCAUUUACUCGCCGCUUACUAGUGACCAUGCUGACGUGGGUGAAAUCAAGCGAGUAACAACAACCGAUACGUACUUGCACACGCUACGCAAGUACACCAACUACUCUGUGCAAGUGCUUGCGUUCACCAACGCGGGCGAUGGCAAGCGGAGCCCUCCAGUGUACUGCAUGACUGAAGAAGACGUUCCAUCAGCCCCUCAAAAAAUCAAAGCGCUGGCGUACUCCAGCGAUUCCGUCCUCGUGAGCUGGCUCCCGCCACUUCACCCUAACGGGAUCAUCUCGCAUUACACUGUGUACUACAGGGAAGCAGGCCGGUUGGGCAAACACCAAAGCUACACGGUAACCGUGGACAAAAUAAAGUCGGAGCUCGAGCUAAUGUUCCCCGUCCGAAACUUGCAAGAAAGUCAGCUGUACGAGUUCUGGGUGUCCGCCACCACGGGCUCGGGCGAGGGGGAAAGUACGCUCGUGGUGGGGCAAGGCCCUAACGCUAGAAUUCCAGCACGGAUAGCGUCAUUCGGCGGCGUGUUAGUGCUCGGGGCCGGGCACGCGGCGCUGCUGGCGUGCUCGUGCGUGGGGCUGCCGGCGCCGCGCUCGCGCUGGACGCACGCGCGCGCGCCCGUCACGCACCACGCCUUCUACCAGGUCACGCCGCGCGGACACCUGCACAUCAGAGAAGUGAACGAGCAAUCAUCCGGCAACUUCACGUGCACGGCCAGCAACACGCUGGGAGAGGACGCCAUCACGUACAGCGUGGUGGCGGUGCUGGCGCCGGCCGCGCCCGCCCUCACCCUACAGUACACUACGGCGUCCAGCGCCCGGUUACAUUGGCUGCCGCCGGCUGACGGUGGAUCACCACUCUUAGGCUACAUUCUCCAAUACAAGCAAGCUGCCGACACCGAUUGGCACACUGUGGAGUUGUCUACCGAGGUCACAUCGUACACCAUGGACAUGCUAAAGUGCGGCUCCACGUACAACGCCAGGAUACAGGCGCGGAACAAGAUCUCCAUAGGACCACCCUGCGAGGUGCUGACAGCGACAACCAGGGGCGGAAGGCCCAAGCCACCGAAGCCGGAGGACCACGUGUACAUGAACUCGACGGCAAUAAAGAUCAACUUCUACGCGUGGCGAGACGGCGGCUGUCCGAUCCUGGGCUUCCGAGUGUCGUACCGGAGAGCGGACACUGAGCAUUGGAUCAAGGUUGGCGACAGCCUGAGCUCGGCUAGCCACGUUCUAGGUGACCUGACGCCGGGUACCUGGUACGAACUGGCCAUAGAAGGCGUCAACGAUGCUGGCACCGAGCGAGUAACACUUUUGGCAGACACACACACGCUAGCAGGAGGUCGCAUACCUCCAACAAAACCGAUGUCUCCCCUUUCGGGUGGAGACCGGCGCACGUCACUACGUACAGUGGUACUGUCGUGCAUAGCGAGCGCCGUCGUCAUCGUGGUCACCGUCGCGGCCAUCAUCUGCGUCGUGCAGGGCAAGCGCAAAUUCUUCUGUAUAUCCAGUGACCACUACAUGCGGGACGACCGCAAGUUGAGCGAGAGCAACGAAGCGGAGAGGGAGAAGCUAAGAGAGGGACAGAAGCUAUACUCCUCCUCGUCUAUCAACGGGAAUGAGAAGUCUAAUGAUGACUCCUCUGCAGAGCUGUACGAGAUCAGCCCGUACGCGACGUUCGGCGUGUCGGCGGCGCACUCGCUGCAGUUCCGCACGCUGGCGCGCCGCGACGACGACGCCGCGCCGCCGCACCGCCGCCGCCACCGCACCUGCGAGCACUACCGAUACGUGGAGGCGCGGCAUCGCAUGCGCGCGGCCUGCGCCGGCGCCGGCGCGCCGGGCUGGCGCGACACGCACACCGACUCCGGCGACGACAGCGACAGCGCCGCCAACACUACUACUAAAGGUUCGGGCGGGUCGGGGGGCAGCGUGUACGGCAGCGGGCGGCGUAGCGCGGCGCGCACCACCAGCAGCGGGGGACCGAACGGGAGCGACGGACAUUCUGUCUACGAGCCCGUGCCUGCCGAUAUAUCUUCCCUUAUUGACAAAUAUCAACAAAGAAAAGAACAAGAACGUCGAGAAUGCACAAUCCACGUUUAACAGUAAAAUGACCAAUGACAGUGAAAAAAAAAAUGGACUUUUUAUAGAAUUUAAUUAAGUCUGCGCUGUUUCAACGCCAAAAUUUAUUAGGAUUCCGCUAUUUUUACUAAAACACUAAAAGGUUUAAGCCACCAGAAAGAAAAAAUAUCAAAGAAUGGCAGACCUACCCAAAGAAUCUAAGCAAACGCUUAUAUUUUUCCUAAUUUAUGUUAUGGUGUAGAACAAUCCGAUCAACUGAUUGGUCCGUCCAACAUUCAAAUGCCGUUCGAUUGAGAAUAUUGAAGUACCUAUUUCGCUCGUCCUAUAAAAAAAAACUUCAAAUAAUGUGUUUUAAGUCUGAAAAGAGACUACCUAAUGCAAUUGUAUGAAUAGAUAUCGACAUUUGGAUGUGUGAUGUGCUUUUUUAUACAUUACGUACUAUCAUUGCCUGGAUUUAGAUUAUUUUGGGCGUUAGCCUUAAUAUACUAGACACUAAGAUUAAAUAUCCUUUGUAAUUUUAUUUUAUAGUUAUGUUUAAUGUUACGUAAGCAGUCAAAGUACGUUUCUAAUCUACGAUACUUCUAAGGAGUUAAUUCUUCCACGUACCUAUUAAUAUUUAAAAAUUAAAUUAUUUGUACACAUUUAAACUUUAAUCCUAUCCAUAAUUCAACUAUUUUAUACUUAAUUAUGAGACCACUACAGAAUGUAAUAAAAUGAAGACCUAAAUAAUAAAUAUAAACUUUUGCCUAAUCAGAACGGAUAGCAUUACGUCGUUUCCAUGUCAGUAUAAACUGUUAGCAAAAUCUUACUAGUUUUUAAAUUAUUAAAAUAUGGUAAUGAGAUACAUUCCUAAUGCUAUUUAAAUAUUGUGGCCUGAUGCAGAUGCGAAGUAAGUAAUUAUUUAACUAGAUAAACCUAUCGAUAUAUUUGAAUAUUUAAAAGGUUUUACCAUUUUCGCACUCCUAGGCCGACAUUACAGAGUACCGGUAGGUAAAUUAUUAGUUUUAUACCUACCUACACCCGAUUAUCGCACGUCUGUUUCUCCAAGAAGUAAAACGUAAUUCUAACCGUUCUGUGUAGUUUAUAAAUAAUGGGCUAAUACAAUUGUGAUGCGAACUCGCUACAGCAAAUACCCCAUAACUGUUAACGUUAAUUGUUGCAGCAUUUAUUCGAUACCGUGUUCUAAAUAACGAUGUUAUAAUAUGAUAAUUUAGCUGCUCUUGUGUUGACGUGUGCUAAAGUAGGAACGUUUUCUUACUUAAGAGAAAAUUCACAAGUAACACAUAACAUAUACGCGUUUAAUAAAAACUUGCAGCCAAAAAAAGAAAUUAAAUAAAUAAAGCGCGUUUGAGAAAAAAAUCACAAACAAAUACAUUUUGUAUGUACAUGUAUAAGUAGAAAAUGUUCCCAACAAUGGCCGAUAUGGAAAAUGGUUGACCAGAGUGGCGUUUAGAUUUUUAAUAGUUUGUAAGAUUGUACAGUUAGAAGUAAGUAAUUUUUACGUAAUUAGUUUGCUUAUGAAGUAGCAGAUACUAUCAACAGCAAUGUAUUAAAAUCUAAGUAUAGUGCGACAUAAAAUAGUAGAAAUUAAAUAAAAUGGAACUAAAAAAAUUCCAUGCUAAAUUGUUGCCAUGUUACAUUGAAGCAUUUUACGUCAAAAAUGUGUAGUUACGUAGGAAGUGUCGCUCUCAUUUAUUUUCUACAAUUUCUUGUCGGACUAUAAGAUUACCUAUGGAAAGCUCACACUAUCUCCGUGCAGUAGUGUUUUUCACAGCCCCUAAGGAGCCGCAAGGUUUGCAAAGCAAAUCGAAAAUUGCUUGCUUACGUACCUUGGGACGACCGCAUCACAAUUUUCUCAUACUAAGCUAAGGGGUCACGACAUGAAAAAUAGGUUGCCGUAUAGAAAAACCUAUGUUAUUAAAAUGCUAUAGAAUAGAUGUGUUGCUCAAAUUAUAAAGGCUGGCGCGAGAUUCAUACUGAUCAGUCAAUAUUUUAAAAACUAAGCGACAGUUCCAUCUCUUAAAUUGAGUUGUGAAUAUAACUGUUCUUAGAUAUUAUGUUCUUAAAAUGUUAUGAUUUACUGUAUAAAAUCAAAUAAGUUCAUUGUAAAAAUUAAAUGAAGUCUGAUUUAAUAAUGAUAACGUUUUCUUUGUUUUCGUAUCAGUGAACAUGCAGGUUUAUUAUGCAGCUGAAGAAACGUUGAUAAUGUUUGCUACUUUUAAAAGAUUCGCGUCAUCAAAUGUCGCGUAGUAAUUUGUGAAAUAUUUGGCCUCUUUAAAGUUGUCAGACGUUGUGUUGUUGUUUGUAAAUGGUAGUUUUUUACGAGAUUACAUUUACAAGAUAGACACUAAGAUGAAAAGGGAAAGGUUCAUGAUAAUAUAGUUGAUUUCAAACUAAUUGGCAAAGCUGUAGAUUAGGUAUUGAACUGUUCUUUCCUAAAGAUAAUAAAGAUUAUUGAAAUCUCCUAUAAAAUUAUGAUGAUAUUUUUAAUUUAUAGCCAAAUUAUCUGUUUCUUUCUAUCAACAAAACAGAUAGAAACGGGUGCUGUUUGUAUAUAAAUUAAUGUUUUAUGUGCAUUUGUGACGGGUGGUACAUAACAGUAGGCGUGGGAGCAAAAUUCAGAAACAAAAUUAAGCACCACUGUAAUGCCAAUGCAAGAUUAUGACGGACUGACGGACAGCGAAAGUCUUAGUAAUAGGGUCUCGUUUUUACCCUUUGGGUACGGAACCCUAAAAAGGUUUAAUAAAUGCACGUAAAAUGUUUCUAUCGAAAGAUAAGUUAAUUAUAAAAUGUAUAAUUGUAACGAUAAAUUAUUGUAAACGGCUGUUCCAAACUGCAAAAGAUACAUAUCAUUAUAAUAGACUGCCAAUAUUUAAGUGAUUCGUAAUUCUUUUACUUAUUGUUGAUUAAUAUAGUCAAAUAGCUAUUAAUUAUACACUAUUGUAUAAAAAUCUUUCUAUAUACAUGUUGUGUAAUAUUAAAAUUAAAAAUAUAAUUAGUACCUAUGAUAUGAUGAAAGGAAAUAAAGAUGUGUG